UAAUAGACAAAUAAAUCAAUGUAGAAAUAUUUUUCAAAUCGAUCAUAUUCAAAUUAAUGAUCAACAACCAACAACUUAUUAUUUUAAAUUAUUAGCAGAUUUAUUAACAAUUGAAUUAAUAUCAUUAUCAGGAAUUAUGCAACAACAAACAAAUAGGUAA